AUGACCCGUAUAGCCGAUCCAGAUUACGACGGCGGAGGUCCUUCUUGCCAGGUCUCGAUUAAAGAUCUGUGUGCCAUGAUAAAAGCUAGGGAUCUCGAAGGGCAUCAUACUGAGGAGUCCGAGGAGGAAGGUGUAGACGGCUACACCAUGCUAGAACUGCAGGGUGGGGCUUCUGGGUUGGCUCAGAAAAUUGGUAGUGACCUAAGCAGUGGUGUGCAGAGUUGCCAUGUGGAAGCUCUGAAGUCCAAGUACGGCGCGAACUAUGUACCCCCACCAAAGCCCAAGACUUACCUACAAUUCCUCUACGCGGCAUUCAAGGACUUCACCAUUAUUAUGCUUUGUGGUGCAGCUAUCAUUAGUCUGGUGUUGGCGGCAGCAUACGAACGAACCCCCACGUCUUAUGCUGAGGGCUCAGCCAUUAUUGUAGCUAUUAUGGUAGUCACUAACGUGGCCGCGAUCAACGACUGGCGGAAGCAGAGGCAAUUCGAUAAGCUCAACAGGAAAGUUGAAGAUGUUUCAAUAAGGGUCAUCCGGGAUGGAAUCAAACAAGAAGUCUCGAUCAACGAUAUCGUGGUGGGAGACGUGGUUAUAGUAGGUGUUGGUGACAUUAUAUGUGCUGACGGUGUAGUGAUAGAAAGUUCAGCUCUGUAUUGUGAUGAGAGUUCUCUUACUGGCGAGCCCGUAUUGGUCGCCAAGGGUGCAGAUACUCAUCCUUUCCUACUCUCUGGGACUAAGGUUAUGGAUGGCUCUGGUAUCUUCUUGGUAAUAGCUGUUGGUGCCAAUUCGGAAUCUGGGAAAAUAAAGUCUCUCAUCAAUGGUGUUGGAGUCGCCAAAUCGAAGGCGACACCAGAGGCAACUUCUGAGGAGCAUCCGGGGGAUGAGGACGAGCCUGAAAUUGUCACUGAGCACGAGGAGAAAAGUGUGCUCACGGCUAAGCUGGACCGAAUGGCCUUACAGAUCGGCAAGGCGGGUACUGUCGUUGCCGUACUAUGCGUUAUCAUCAUGGCCAUACGGUACCCUUGCUGCCUCCAACUGGAAGAUGACGAGAUUCAGUUGAUUGGCUCACCGUGCGGAUGGAUGACGCCGUUUCUUGGCCAAAUGCUGCAGUUUUUCAUCACGGGUAUAACCAUCCUGGUGGUUGCCAUCCCUGAAGGCCUGCCUCUGGCUGUGACUCUUUCUCUGGCAUUUGCAGUCACCAAAAUGCAAAAGGACAAUAACCUGGUGAAGCAUUUGGACGCUUGCGAGACUAUGGGAUCUGCUACUACGAUCUGCAGUGACAAGACUGGCACGCUGACUAAGAACCGCAUGACAGUAGUAGAAGCCAAUCUAGCUGGAAUUGAGAUAUACCCUGCUCAUGGUCGGCAACUCGACCAACUGCCAAAUCCACGAGUCCAGGAGAUCCUUAUGGAGGGGAUCGCCCUCAACACUACAGCUGAUAUCAAAUGGGAUCCAUUGGCCCGAGCCUAUGACCAGGUUGGCAACAAGACCGAGUGUGCGCUACUGCAGUUAGUGGAGCAAUUCGGGGACAGCUAUGAGGAUCGAAGGGCCAAGGCAAUAGACUCCGGCAUCAAGGCCAACAGCACUGGCCGGCAGAGAUUCCUGGUCCACGAGAUUCCUUUCUCAUCUGCGCGGAAGAGGUCCAGUGUGGUGGUCCGUACGAAGGAUGGCAAGUAUAGGAUGUAUAUGAAGGGGGCGAGCGAGAUUAUAUUGGAUCUCUGUGGCUCGUACGAACAGGCUGGGGGAUCGCCCGGGCCUAAAAUGCUGGACACUAGAUCGCGACAAGUUAUAAACGCCAUAAUAGCGCAGUACGCUAGGAAAGCUCUGCGUACGGUGGGAUUGGCGUAUAAGACUUUCGAUGCUGAGCCUUCGGGUGGUUGGGCCUUGCCUCAGGCCGGUGAUGAAGAUCGGUGUGAAAUUGAAUCAGAUCUGGUCUUGUUGGGGGUAGUGGGUAUCGAGGAUCCACUGAGGGAUGAGGUUCCUGAUGCUAUACAGGACUGCAAUAGAGCUGGAGUUGAUGUUAGAAUGGUCACUGGAGACAACCUACUUACCGCGGUGGCAAUAGCUCGUGGAUGUGGUAUUCUGCGUCCUGGUAUCGACUUGGACAAAGACGGCGAUCCUGUACCUGGUGUGGCCAUGACCGGUCCUAAGUUCCGCAAGGCGGUCCUCCAAGAGGAUGGCUGUAGUAUUGAUCAUGAGGCAUUCGACCAGGUGUGGCCCAGACUCAGGGUCUUGGCCCGCUCCAGUCCAUCGGACAAGUAUAUACUGGUUUCUGGUCUUAACGAGAGCGAGCUGUACUCGACUGAGGCUGGCAAGAACCUUGGUAUCUAUCCGGACCGACAGGUUGUAGCGGUUACUGGUGAUGGGACUAAUGAUGCACCCGCGCUACGAAGAGCUGAUGUUGGCUUUGCUAUGGGUAUUUCGGGGACGGCGGUAGCAAAGGAUGCCGCGGAUAUAAUUCUCAUGGACGACAACUUUUCUAGUAUUCUUAAGGCCUGCAUGUGGGGACGUAAUGUGUAUGAUUCCAUAUCUAAAUUCUUACAAUUCCAACUUACUGUGAAUAUCUCUGCCAUCACAAUGGCGUCCAUCGGCGCCCUGGCUUAUUCAGAAUCCCCACUAAAAGCUGUCCAGAUGCUCUGGGUGAACCUCAUCAUGGAUGCUCUGGCCUCUCUCGCACUGGCCACCGAACCCCCUACAGCAUCACUACUAGACCGACCGCCAUACGGCCGUAACACUUCUCUCAUUAGUGGAUUCAUGCUGUGGAAUAUGCUUGGACAGGCCGUAUACCAACUGGCAGUGUUGAACACUUUACUGUUCGCCGCGCCUAGUAUGACGGACAUGCAGAACGGCGCUGGGUUGGGCCACGGGGCGGCUCCUACCGAGCAUUAUACUAUGAUAUUUAAUACCUUCGUAUUAAUGCAAUUGACCAACCAGUUCAAUGCUAGGAAGCUGUAUCAUGAAUUGAACCUCCUGGGUGGUAUUACGCGAAGUCCCCUAUUCAUCGGUAUUGUGUCUGUCGAACUCAUCUUACAGAUUUUAAUAGUGCAGUUCGGCGGUGAAUGGUUCAAGACGGAAGGUCUGAACUGGGCUGAAUGGGGUACUUGCAUCAUACUGGGCUUUGGGUCCUUCCCCAUGCAGUACCUCAUCAUACUGCUGGCCAGGGCCAGUCGACAUUGCUGUGCCUGCAUCAGUCCGGAGAAGCCUCGCCAUCAUACCAAAACUCAACCAAUUGCUGAGGGCGAGUGGGAUGAGCUGGAUUGGAUAAGUGGGAAGAAUGGCGGCUUAGACAUGGACCACUUCAAGUCGUUGUCGCAUCAUGAGAGUCUGGCUUCGGUCAUUUCUCGAAGCAUCGUACAGUUCUCGUCCAAGUCUUUAGGAAGUGUUAUUGGGGGAACACCGUCAGAGUCAGAUCUCCAGCACACUACACGUGGAGGACUCCGUAAUAAAAAGAGAGUAGAAGCGACGCAUAUCAUGGCUAAGGAGGUAUCUACUAUGGGAGCUCGAGAUCGCGAAGAGGAGUUCCUACACGCCGCAAAGGAGUAUCAUCACAAUGUCCGCCAGAGACGAGGUGAUGAUGGCAAUGGCUCGUCUUCCUCAAGUGGGAGGCCUAUGGUCACCAAGCACUUCUCGAGUGGCUCUAGGGACAUGGUGUAGCUUGGUAGAUUUUGACCCGAGCGUAGAGUGAAAUAUCUGUAACUUUAUUUUGUUGAAUACGCAUGUAAUAAUGAUUAUAAUAGUCGAUUCCGGUUCUAGCGAGAAACUCGCGCGUGAAGUCGGACAAUAUUGAUUUCUCUGGGUAGUCUUCGGAGCUUAUUAUUGUUAUUAUUAUAUUUGGUCGAAUUCAUGUCGUCAGCGCUUUUGCCGCGCCGAUCGGUGAUGGGCAUUUUGUACUACGGGUCUAUCGCCGAAUUUCUAAUUGUUUUCGUAUCGGAUAUGAGGACUUACUUAACGUGUUGAGGCAUAGUUUUUUGUACGA